UUUAUUAUUUAAAAGUCAAAGUGUUGACAAAAAGUCAAAUGUCCCAAUAAUAUGACAGUAAGGGGUAUAGAAGCCAUUAAACUGUAUAUGCCACCAACCACUGGAAAAUUAGAUGCUAAUGUUAAGGAAGAAAAAGAUACGAGUAUAACACUGGAUGAUAAAAAUUCACUUGAAACAAUAACCAUGACAUCUGUGGAACGUUAUAGACAAGAGUGGCAACAGCUGCUAAAGACUCUGGAAGAUAAACCUGAGUCAAUAAGGGAUUUGGCGUUCGAAGGUCAUUUGAAAAUUUCAAAGUUUCGCAGCGUCCAUUGGUCCUUACUGUUGAGGGUUUUAAAUGAAGACCAUCGCACUUGGUGUCUGCAGCGGGAACAGCAGCGCAAAUGUUAUGAAAAAUUAAAACAAGAAUUUGCCAAAAAUCCACACCAGUUGGACGGUAAUUUGACAAAUGAGAAUGACGACCCCUUAUCGCAGUCGUCGCAGAGUGUCUGGAAUCAAUACUUUAGCGAUCAAGAGUUAUUUGCCGUUAUCAGACAAGAUGUUGUACGAACAUUCCCCGGUGUAGAUUUCUUUCGUAAACCUCUAGUGCAAAAUUCCAUGUGUAACAUUUUAUUUUAUUAUGCACGAGAACACCCCUACAUGUGUUAUCGCCAGGGUAUGCAUGAGAUAUUGGCACCAGUUAUCUUUGUCAUGUACGGUGAUCAUCAAUCCUUGCUGCAUUUCAGAGAAAUCGCCAAGGACAUAGAAAUUGACAACACACUUUUGAAUGUUCUGAAUCCCUCUUAUUUGGAAGCCGAUUCCUAUUUUAUAUUUUCCCGUAUAAUGGCUUCAAUUGAAUCGUACUAUCGUGUUAGUAAUAACUUGCCAACUAAUCUAAAUAGUGGCAAUGGUAUGAUGGCCACUACCAAAAUUGAGAAUAACCCCAACUACAGUUCCGAAGUCGAAGUAGUCGGUCAAUUGAAUUUAAUACGUGAUAAAAUAUUAGCCAAAGAAGAUUUGCAUUUGCACAAUUAUCUAAUGAAACUAGAUAUACCUUUGCAUAUAUUUGGAAUUCGUUGGUUACGUUUGUUGUUUGGACGAGAGUUUGCUUUAUUAGACUUACUGGUGCUGUGGGAUGCGAUAUUUGCCGAUAGUGAUCGCUUCGAUUUGCCUAAUUACAUUGUUGUGGCAAUGUUAAUACGAAUAAGAGAUAAAUUAUUACUUAGUGACUAUACAACAUGCCUAACUUAUUUGAUGCGUUAUCCAACAAAUGUGGACAUCAGUUUAAUACUAAGACAUGCUCUAUAUAUGCAAAUGCCUAAGAAAUAUGAUCGUCCAACCAAUGCUUUCGUAUACUUCACCAUGCCACCUGUAAAUAGACGCAAUCAAGCGAUAGACAAUGGUGAGAACGCUAAUAAAACACCCAAUGGCUUGUCCAAUAUAGACCUAACGCAUCGAACACGAUCCACUUCCUUGGGAGAUAAUGCUGCACGCAUGGAAAGACAAAUAACUUUGAUGCAAACCCGCAAUGCAGCCGACGAAGCAUUGAUGGCAAGACUCAAGCAGGCAUCCGAAGAAAAUCGUUUGGCUAUGGAUGGUUAUAAGGAUAAUAAUCCCGAAUUGGUACGUUUGGAAUUGAAGAAUGCCCAAACGGUAAUAACAGUGGCACAUAGUAAAUUACAAACGUAUUUAAAUAGCAUACGUCAUCAUAUACCCAAACAAACAUCACCCGAAGUUGUGAAUGCGUUAGAUGGCAUUGAGGAGUUGUGUCAAUUCUUAGACGUUAAAUUCAUGUUUCCUCUGCAUUCUCGUUCCGGGCCAAUAGAUCAAGCUCUGGAAGCCAAUGAGCAGCAGUUACGAAAUCAAAAACAAAAGACUGAAAUACCAAACAAAUCUUUAAAACCUGAUCUCAAUCCGUUAUUGGACAGCGAAAGAUCUAAUGCUUCUGCUAGCGCAUUUCAUGGGGGCAAUGAUGUUGGCGACGAACACGUUUGUAGUUAUGAAAAGCCAGACAUUGGUUUCAUGUUGCAAUCGACACGUCUGUUGGGCAAUACUAAAGAAAUCGAACUCAUACCAAUAGUAUCAGACGAAAAAAUCAUAGAUCCCUUAGUUGCCAAUCGUGCGAAAAAUAGCCUAGGUUUACCCGUUGCUGAUCCAACCAGCUUUAAUUCCUAAUCAAUGUCUUUACCUCUUGGCUUUUAAUAAUUUUACGAUUAUUUUCUAUAUUGCUAUUACAUAAUUAAUAUUCAAUAUGGCUGAUGAGGAACUAAAACAUCAUAUGAACAGAAAUGAAUUCAUGCUUAAGAAAACAUCGGUUGAUCCUUACAUAAUGCAUAUGUAUUAGCAAUUCAUCAGUAAUCUAGUACAAUCAUACAUACAUAUAAUGAAAUAAAAACUAAAAAUACAUAUUAAAAUAAUAAAUACCCUUCGCAAAAUAUGUCAUCAUUCCCAUUUAUUGAUCAGCAUCAUCCAUCACUAUUUGUUGACAUUAAUUAAAGAAUUUACAUUUGCCAAAAUGUAUCAUUUCAUAUUAAUAAUGGUAUUUUAAUAUUUAAACACAUAUUUAGUAAUAAAAUGUUAUAAUUCUCUGAAUUCAAUAAAUAGUAAAUAAACUAAUUCAAUUAGUAAA